AUGCCGACCCUCGCAUUGAUCAACUUCAACAUCGUCUGUGCGACCCUCGGGGGCUUCGUCUCCCUCUUCGGACUGGUAUCAUACCUAUGCAAAGAGCGAUUCUAUCUCUCAGAAGCGCUGAUUUCUUUGCUCGCUGGGGUAGCCUUCUCUCCCCAUGCAGCUAAUUUCAUCAGACCCGAGGAUUAUGCUCAGCACAACCAGCAGAACCUCGAUGCAAUCACCUUGCACUUCACCCGCCUCGUCCUCGGCGUGCAACUGGUCCUAGCCGGAGUCCAGCUACCGAAACGCUACCUGCAGAUCGAAUGGCGGAGUCUCUCGCUACUCCUGGGCCCAGGCAUGGUCGCCAUGUGGGUGUGCAGUAGCUUAAUUGUCUGGGCCAUGAUUCCCAAUUUCAAGUUCCUUCACGCAUUGAUCGUGGGAGCCUGCGUCACGCCCACGGACCCCGUCUUGUCCAAUUCAAUUGUUAAGGGCAAAUUUGCGGACAAACAUGUCCCGCGUCCGCUACAGCGGAUUAUCGUGGCCGAGUCGGGCGCAAACGAUGGACUCGGGUACCCGUUCUUGUUCUUCGGUAUAUACCUGCUGCAGUAUCUGGGGAUGAGUAGUCAGGAAUAUAGUGGAGGCGCGGGGAAGGCCAUGGGGCUGUGGUUCUAUGAGACUUGGGCUUACGAAAUUCUGCUGAGUGUUGCCUAUGGAACUAUUACUGGAUGGUUGUCCAGGAAGCUACUCCAUUGGGCUGAGGAAAAACACUAUGUGGAUCGGGAGAGUUUCCUGGUCUUUGCAAUUGCACUUGCGCUCUUCAUCGUGGGAACGUGUGGUCUUAUCGGGACCGACGAUCUUCUUGCAUGCUUCAUUGCAGGAAAUGUGUUCACGCAAGAUGACUGGUUCCGCCUCGAGACAAUGGACGACUCUCUCCAACCCACCAUCGACAUGUUGCUCAACUUAGCUGUAUUCAUGUGGUUUGGCGCAGUUUGCCCUUGGUCAUCUUUCCUGAACAACGACAUCAUCCCGCUCUACCGGCUCAUUUUCCUGGGUAUUCUCGUCCUCAUCUUCCGCCGGCUUCCAGUCGUUCUGGCCAUGCACAAGUACAUCCACCAGAUCGAGCAUCUCCGACAAGCCGCCUUUGUCGGAUUCUUCGGCCCGAUUGGUGUCGGAGCAAUCUUCUACCUCUCGGUUAGUCGGGAGUUUCUGCUCGAGAUCAAAGUCGACGGCCAAGUACGAGAAGAUGCCAAGGAAGUCGCGGAGGCCGUUAAUAUUGUGGUGUGGUUUUUGGUUAUUUGCAGUAUCGUCGUUCACGGACUAUCCGUUCCAAUCGGAAAAGCCGGCUACCACCUCCCGCGAACCAUCUCCAGCGUGAUCAGCACGAGCACCGACGAGCCCGAGCCAGUCCCGAUUUCCAAUAUCCGCCACACCCAUAGCACCGCGACGCCCUUGGACGACUCAAGCUUCCGCACCCGCAAACGUGGGCAGCGCUCAGCCUCGCCGAACCCGCCUCUUUUCCGCAUCAGGCGCUCGGUCAUUCGGGCUCCUGCGGACGAACAACAGCAGCCUGGUUCGGGCCAGACUGAUGAGCCGGAGAGACCCGUCAAUAUGGGUCUUCAUGAUUACCCGACACUCUCGAAUGAGGGAGCGGAGGUUUCUGACUCUGCUCGGUCUACCUGA